AUGGAAAGAUGUAGCAAGAAUACGAGCGGUUCUCAGUGGAAAAGUGGGUUGACCCCGGUAAAAGUUCGUCCUGGGUCCGCCACUGGUUGCAGCUCCAUCGAAAUAGACUUUGUGGUCCAUGAGUUCAUCAUUGGGGAUAAACUCCAUCCACAGAAUAGAGAAAUCUACAGAAUGCUAGAAGAGAUGAAUGUCUACUGGGGGGAAGCUUGCUUUGUUUCGGAUAACUCUGAAGUGUUGUUGGAGAUGGAAGAAGAAUGGAAAGAAGGAGCGUUGAGGCAUCACAGCGAGAAGCUAGCUAUUCUUACAGUAGUGAAGAAUCUAAGCAUGUGCAGAAACUGUCAUGAGGCUACAAAGCUUAUGUCAAAGAUAUACAAAAUGGAGAUUGUUGCUAGAGAGAGAACUCGGUUCCACCAUUUCUGUAACAUCCCGAGUUGUUAUAUAUGA